UGUUUUUUUUGCAGAGCUGGGGACUGAACCCAGGGCCUUGCGCUCUACCACUGAGCUAAAUCCCCACCCCAGCACUCAAUAAUUUUAAGAAGAAGCUGGGUGUGGUGGUGUACACCUUUAGUCCCAGCAUUAGGAGGAAGAGGCAAUUAGAUUUCUGUGAGUUAAGGCCAGGGGUCUACCUAGUAAGUUCCAGGCCAGCCAGAGUAUAAUAGUAAGAACUCGUAUCAAAUAAUAUUACAACAAUAAAAAUGACCCAGAAAGCAAGAUGAAUGACUAGCAUUUGAGUGCCCACCACAUCAGACACCUAUCUAUUUGAGAGCUGCCCCAAUACCCUUUGUUAAAGGGAUGAACGAAUCUUUAAUCUUUAUUCUGAAGUCUCAAGUUCAGGUGAUUAAUUUCUGGCCACACUGUAAGUCACAGAGCUUGGGCUUUAUCCUUUAUUUAAUAGCUUACUUUGAUUCAUAUUUGUUGUAGCUUUAUAAGCCACCCAUAAAUGUAAUGGUUUUAAAGCCACAAUUCUGCGAAUAGACGGGGUACACAUUGCCCUUCUUGUCACGUCUAGGGUCUCAUGCAGCUGCAGUCAGAGUGGAAAGGGCUAGAAUACAAGUCGACUGUUUUGUCAGAGAUAGUUGGAAAGCUUGACUCUACCUCCAUGUAGUCUCCGUAGGACUCGUCAGCACAGAAUCUGCACUUCUUAUGAGCAACUUAAAGUCUACAGGCAUGCAAAGGGUUGAGGUUCAGAAGUGGCAGGCUCAGUACCUGUGUCCGUGGGGCCAUAGUCCUGGCUCUCAGGAGGCAUGGACCAUUAUUGGCCCUUCUGGAGAACAACUACUACAAGUGCUUAUAGAAUACCAACACCUAUAAUUCUCUUAUGACUUCAUUCACUAGGAGAAACCAUAAACAAAACAUGAAUUUCAGCUUUCGAAAUAUUCAGGAAGUAUGGCGAAGGAUAACUUGGAGACAAAAACCAAUGACUUUAUAAAAGUCUACUUCGGUAGGAAAGGUCUGUCUGAACCUGGGCAAGAGCAAUUAAUCUAUCAAAGGACCUAGGGAAAGGAAGAGACGGUAUCUGAUAUCACAAUCUACAGAUGCCUGCUAGGCUCAGAACUAUACAUAUUGGACUUUUUUUUUUUUUUUUUUUUUUGGAAACAGGGUUUUACUAUGUAACCCUGAUUAACCUGGGGCUAUCAAUAUAGACCAAGCUAGUCUUGAAUUCAGAUAUCUGCCUUCCAAGUGCUGUGAUUAAAGGUGUGUGUCACCAUUCAACUCCAGGGGUGACAUGAAGUGAUGGAGGUGAGGACUCCAGAGGAAUAUCUUGUUGCUUGUUUGUGCUGUAUGUCCUCAUCUAAUCACAAGCAUUUAUAGCUCUUACUUUUCUUCAAACAGUCUCACUGGGUAAUCUUGCCUGCCUUGGAAUUUACUAUGUAGCCCGGGUCUGUCUCUGACUCCCAAGUACCAGAAUUAAAGGUGUGUUCCACCAUGUCCUGCCAAGCAUCUGUAGCUUCCUAGUUGUAAUACAUACACAUUUCUUUAACUAUUCAAGUCUACUUCAUUACCCAAGGCAGCUUCAUUAUAGACCGUUUACAGCCAACUUACUCCAUGAUUCUUUUUGCUCACUGCUCUCACGGCUUUUAUAUUCUAAAUUUAUACAAAAUUUACACAUAUAUGAAUAUGAGAUAUGCUAUGUGUGUCCAAGUACGUACAGCUAAGACAACAAGAUUUACAACCAAUUUUCCAUACAACUGUGACAUGACCUCCUAGUCUCUAUAUCCUACUUAAUAUUGCCCAUGAGCUACCAAAUUAACUCUGUAACCUACUAAGAGAUUCUAACCUCUUACUAGAAACACAUUCUCUAGUAGUUAAGUACCUCUAAAGCCAUAAAGAUUUAGGGUUAAGUUAAAAAAUAAUGGAGUUACAUGGUGUUACUAUUUCCCAUUAUAUUCUGGAAUCAUCCAUUUGACCAUGUAUGGCAAUAAUUUGCCCUGUUUAAGAAAUUAAGUUUUCAAUAGAUUAAUUUUGUCAUUCCACUCUAAAAAAAUGUGAAAUGUGGGGCUGAUGAGAUGGCUCAGUGGGUAAAGACAUUCCUUACCAAGUCUGAAGGCUCAACUUAAUCCCCGGAACCCAUGUGGUAGGAGAGAACCAACUCCCACAAGAUGUCUUCAUCUACACACGCAGUGCCAUGCACACCCACAGAGAAGCAAACACACAUACACAGUAACAUCUUUAAAAAUGAGACAAGUAGGGCUGGAGAGAUGGCUCAGUGGUUAAAAGCACCUGACUGCUCUUCCAGAGGUCAUGAGUUCAAUUCCCAGCAACCACAUGGUGGCUCACAACCAUCUGUAAAGAGAUCCAGUGCCCUCUUCUGGUGUAUCUGAAGACAGCUACAGUGUACUUAUAUAUAAUAAAUGAAUAAAUCUUUAAAAAAAAAAAGAGACAAGUAGUGACUUAGUUUUGAGAUCAUGAACCAAAAUGCAGUAAUAACCAUAUCUGUAAACAAUACUGAGAUUAUUAUGAUUUAAUCAGUAAUGCUUAAUAUAGAUUUAUAAGUGCAAUAAAAUGAACUAUGUGCUUCCAAUUUUUUGCUGUUGAAACACUUUACUCAGAGGGCUGGGGAAAACCUGGAGAAAUCCUGUCUGCUGUCCUGCAUGGGGCAGACCUUGGAGAUCUCCCAAUCUCUCUGUGCUUCAAUAUUUAAAAUGUUUAUGUGUAUGAGCAUUUUGCCUACAUGUAUGUGUGUGUACCACAUAUAUGGCUGGUACCCGUGAAGGCCAAAAGAAAGCAACAGAUCCCCAGGAACUGGAGUUACAGGUAGAUGUGAGAUGCUAUGUAGGUGCUGAGAAGUGGACCUCGGACCUCUGGAAGAGUCAUCAGUACUCUUGACCACUGAGCCAUCUCUCUACCCGACGAAUGAAUUCAGUAAAUUCACUGAGUUGAGAAAACAAAUCAGAUACAACUUAUAAAUGUGCCUUAUGGUUAUAAGAAUUUUCAAAAUCCCUUUAGGAGUUGCAGUAGAGUUCAGCUGGUGGAGGCCCUGCCUUGAAUUCGCUAACAGAUACACAGGACUGGUAGAGGUUCAAAGAGCAUACACGUAGUCAGCUACAGAGCCGCCAGAAGGUGGGGGGGAGGGGUAAGGAAGGGAGGAAAGGGAAGAGGGAAAAAGGAAGAGUGAGGAGGUGAGGAAGGAUGAAGGAAAGGAAGAGGGGAAUGGAAAGAAAAUGAGGAGGGAAGGGAGGUAGAGGAGAAUCCCCUUAGCAUUAUUAUUUUCUUUAAGGCACAGACUAAGAGGCAAUCAAGUUUGGGACUUAAAAUGCUAAAACUAAAGUUAUGUGGGUUUUUUUUCCUCUUUAAAGCAAGAGUAAUUUUAAAUUAGAUACCUUGGUGUGCCAACAAAUGACAUUGUUAAACAAGAAAGCAGCUUCUUGGAAGGAUUCAGGGCCCACUCAGCCAUGAGCACCACGUGGUGCCGAGCAGAGCUCGGUUCUAUGAAGCAGGGCAAGGAAGAGAACUAGCAAGAGGUAAACCGCCAUUAUCUACGCCACUGCCCGCACCAACACUUUUUUGAACAACAAAAUUUAAGAGGAAGACGCAGGCAGCAAGGAGCCGCCAUUUCUGCAGCGUCGGGGACCGGGUCCCAGGCGGAAGGCGAGGACCAGGACUGUCUGGGCAGCGGGAAACCGACAAAGUUCAUCAGGGAGCCUUUCGUUCCCUCACCGAGUUCCGCCUCCCGGCACAUGGGUAAAAAAGCACGAAAAACGGAGAAGAAUGAUCUCCAGGCUCUGCGGCCUGCCGGUAAGACCGGCGCCAUUCAUUCCCGACACAGUCUCAGCUCGCUCAGGCUCAGAGGCCCAGAUGGGCAGGCCCGCUCGCGCCCGCGUAAUCCAACCCGCCCGACGGACGAUACCACACCCGCAAAUCCCUCCGAAGACCUAGUAAUGGUUCCGUCCCCAGCCUCUGAUUGGUCCAACAGGAGAAGGCGUGGCCUCCGCAGUCUGGUUCCGCGCGCCAGAGCGCGCUACCCGCAUUGCGAGCUGGGCACGGAGCAGGCGCCAUGGUUCUGCUGCACGUGCUCUUCGAGCAUGCGGUCGGCUACGCGCUGUUAGCGCUGAAGGAAGUAGAGGAGAUCAGCUUGCUGUUGCCGCAGGUGGAGGAGUGUGUGCUUAACCUUGGCAAAUUCCACAAUGUCGUUCGUCUGGUGGCCUUUUGCCCCUUUUCUUCAUCCCAGGUUGCCUUGGAAAAUGCUAAUGCUGUGUCUGAAGGUGUUGUUCAUGAGGACCUCCGCCUGCUCCUGGAGACAUACCUGCCAUCUAAAAAGAAGAAAGUACUUCUGGGGGUCGGAGACCCCAAGAUCGGUGCUGCUAUACAGGAAGAGUUGGGGUACAACUGCCAGACUGGUGGUGUGAUAGCUGAGAUCCUUCGAGGGGUUCGUCUGCAUUUCCAUAACCUGGUGAAGGGUCUGACAGAUCUUUCUGCUUGUAAAGCCCAGCUAGGGCUGGGACACAGCUAUUCUCGUGCCAAAGUUAAGUUUAAUGUGAACCGGGUGGACAACAUGAUCAUUCAGUCUAUAAGCCUUCUGGACCAACUGGAUAAAGAUAUCAAUACCUUCUCCAUGCGUGUCAGGGAGUGGUAUGGGUACCACUUUCCAGAGCUGGUGAAGAUUAUCAACGACAAUGCUACAUACUGUCGCCUGGCUCAGUUCAUCGGGAACCGCAGGGAGCUAAAUGAAGAAAAGUUAGAGAAGCUGGAAGAAAUUACAAUGGAUGGAGCCAAGGCUAAGGCCAUUCUGGAUGCCUCUCGGUCCUCCAUGGGCAUGGACAUAUCUGCUAUCGACUUGAUAAACAUCGAGAGCUUCUCCAGUCGUGUGGUGUCUUUGUCAGAGUAUCGCCAGAGCCUACACAAUUACCUUCGCUCCAAGAUGAGCCAAGUAGCCCCCAGCCUGUCAGCCUUAAUUGGGGAAGCGGUAGGUGCACGUCUCAUUGCCCAUGCUGGCAGCCUCACCAACCUGGCCAAGUACCCAGCAUCCACAGUGCAGAUCCUUGGGGCUGAAAAGGCCCUGUUCAGAGCCCUGAAGACAAGGGGUAACACACCAAAAUACGGACUCAUUUUUCAUUCCACUUUCAUUGGCCGAGCAGCUGCAAAGAACAAAGGCCGUAUCUCCCGAUACCUAGCAAACAAAUGCAGUAUUGCCUCAAGAAUUGAUUGCUUCUCUGAGGUCCCCACAAGUGUAUUUGGGGAGAAACUCCGGGAACAAGUUGAAGAGCGGCUUUCUUUCUAUGAGACUGGAGAGAUUCCACGGAAGAACCUGGAUGUCAUGAAAGAAGCUGUGGUACAGGCAGAGGAAGCGGCUGCUGAAAUAACCAGAAAGCUGGAAAAACAGGAGAAGAAACGCUUGAAGAAGGAAAAGAAGCGACUGGCUGCACUGGCCCUGGCCUCUUCAGAAAACAGUAGUACUCCGGAAGAGUGUGAGGGAGGAGAUAGGUGCUGAGAGAACUUGACAAGAGCCCAGAAUGCUGGUUGUAGCACAUGGCCCAUUCCAUGGCCGUGUGCUCUGUCCUCGGCUGCCUCCCAGGAGUCCUCAACAGGGGUAGUGUGAAUUCCUGCUCUCCCUGUUCUGUGUCUGGAGGUGAUAGUGUCUCAUGAAGGGGGGUGGGGGCAGGGAGGUCACCAAUGUGACCAUUUAGAAUUGUCCCCUAGGGCCUCUUAAAUCUUAGCUACUAGUGACUUUCAUUUCAGGGUCCCCUGGGAGCUCUGCAUGAUGUCCAUCAUGACCAGCAUACAGGGGGUUUUCUCUAGGGUUAAGAGGGCCAGGGAAAUUCUAAAUUUGAGAGUAGAUCACCAAAGUGCCCUUGCAUUAUUGAGUUACCAGAAGUACUAGGUCUGCUCUUCUGCCUGAAUUCUGAUGGGAGCUGUGGCUAACAAAUGUAAGCAACAUAUCCCAUGUCUGAUUCCCCCUUCAGGAGGUAAAUGAAAAACCUAAGAAGAAAAAGCUAAAACCCCAGGAAACCCUACAGGAAAAUGGAAUGGAAGACCCACCUGUCUCUUUGCCUAAAACCAAGAAAAAGAAAGCUUUUCCCAAGGAGGAGUUGGCCAGUGAUCUUGAAGAGAUGGCUACUAGCAGCAUAAGUGUUCCUAAGAAAAAGAAGUCCUUACCUAAAGAGGAAGUGGCCAGUGAACCCGAAGAGGCAGCGAGCCCCAUCACCCCUAAGAAGAAAAGGAAAUUUUCUGAGGAGCCUGAGGCUGCUGCAAGCUGCACAAAGAGCAGCACAAAGAAAAAGAAAAAGUCGCAGAAGGCCCGGGAGGAGGAUUAGAAUGGACCUGCUUGGUGGGAGGGGCAUACUUUAUGGUGGCAGUUCCUCCUGCCCAUGAUAAACCCCAAUAAAAACGCAAAACCAGA